UCCUGAUAAAGAUUCUGCUCAAGUUAUGAGGAAGAUAGUGUAAUCCCUUUUCAGUCGGACAAUUCCUACCAUAAAGCUACAUACUAUUUAUAUUAUAAGAUUUCUGCACACAGAAAGAACAACCAAGCCCAAUAAUUUCAGAGAGAAUUUUCGCAACAUUUCUUCAUAAUGCGGUGUUUUAUGCUUUUGCUAUUAUUGGUACUUACUGCAUGUACAGUACAUGGAUUUUCACGUAAAAGAGUGUACCCUAAGCCAGCACAAAUUUCACGUAAUAAGAAAUUAAGGGACGUCGGCGAACCAUUAUUUGUGACUCCUUUACUCAAUUCUGGCAAGGUCGAAGAAGCUCGAAAGCUAUCUCUGGUGACUAAUCUCACAUCAAUUGUGAGCUACACUGGUUAUUUUACUGUGAACGAAACUUACAACUCCAACAUGUUCUUUUGGUUCUUCCCUGCAGCAUACAACAGCGAGAAAGCUCCUGUGGUGUUGUGGCUUCAGGGAGGUCCAGGGGCAUCUCUGUUUGGACUUUUCGUUGAAAAUGGUCCAUUUAUAAUCGAUGCUAACAACGACAUUACAUUCCGCACGACUUCUUGGAGUUUGACUCACUCAGUGUUAUACAUCGAUAAUCCCGUGGGCACUGGCUUCAGUUUCACGGAGAAUGAUAAAGGGUACGCCCAAUCCGAAGAUGAUGUGGCUGGUAAUGUCUACAGUGCAAUGACACAAUUUUACACGCUCUUUCCAGAGUACCAAUCUCUAGAUUUUUAUGCAACUGGGGAAUCCUAUGCAGGAAAGUAUGUUCCAGCCAUUGUUCACAAAAUUCAUGAAGAAAAUCAAAAGUCGCCCAAAGUUAAAAUUAACCUGAAGGGAAUGGUGAUUGGCGAUGGGUUCUCAGAUCCUGAGAACAUGUUGAACUAUGGGGACUAUUUGUACAAUAUUGGGCUGGUGGAUCAAACCCAGAGAAUUUAUUUUAGAAGCAUGGAAGCCAAAGCGAGAGACUUUAUCAAGAACGAAAAAUUCAUGGAAGCAUUCAUGGUCAUUGACGAAUUACUGGACGGGGAUUUAACAGAAGGGCCCUCCUACUUUAAGAAUUGUACUGGAUUUGAUUUCUACUUCAAUUUCCUCAUGUCUGCGGAGCCUAAGGAGAUGGGAUACUAUAAUGCGUUUGUUCAACAGCCCCACGUUCGACGUUCCAUUCAUGUGGGCAAUAAAACCUACAAUGACGGAAGUACGGUUGAGAAAUUUAUGAGAGAAGAUAUGUACAAGUCAGUGUCUCCCUUGAUUAUCGACAUUUUGGACGCCAAGGAAGGCUACAAAGUUUUAUUUUACAACGGGCAGCUCGAUAUUAUAGUUGCGAACGUAUUGACAGAAAAUUUUCUUCACAAAUUAUCAUGGCAUGGACAAACAUCUUGGGAAAAUGCUGACCGGAAAAUUUGGAGAGUUGGCAAUGAAAUUGCAGGAUAUGUAAAAGCUGAAGAUAAUUUGAGUUAUCUUUUGGUACGAAAUGCAGGGCAUAUCGUGCCAUAUGAUCAACCCAAGUAUGCAUUUGAUUUAAUCAAUAGAUUUACUGCUGGUAAGCCAUUUGCUUAGUACUCCUAAAUUAUUAAGGCAAAUGUUCAUGAUUAUACUUGUACGAGUACGAUAUACUUGUUCGUACGUUCGUCAAAGCAUAUAUUUACAUAUAUGCUUUGAAGCAUUAUCUUAAAUACAUAUGUGCAAUCCAAUUUUAUUUGCAUACUGUCUCGUAUUACUAUAAUUAUUAUUGUAAUGUUAUGUUGGAGAAAUUCCUUUUGGAAAUCAAACUUCAUGUAAUCAUUAAUCUUUAAUAAAAUUGAAUCUUUAUUAUUGAAAAUCAAUACACAUAAAAAAUUCAAUGGAAUUACUAUAGGCGAGCACAUAAGGUACUUCUAUUUACGAAUAAUAUAAAACCACCAACCCUCCUAUUGUAGCUGGAAUUUUUUAAUGGACCAUGAAAAUCUAAAAUUAUAUAGUUUUUUGUCGGUUACCUCCCAAACUUUAGUUCAUCCUCGAUAAUAUGUAAGAUACUUAACCUAAAUCGAUCUACAGUUAACCAAAUGUAUGUAUAGUUGAUUUCCUUUGUAGGUUUAAAGUCCUUUGUGCUAAUAUUUAUGGGCUUGACUGAUAUAUUAUCACAAAACUUGCACUUUUCAAAACUAUAUUGAAAACUCUGUCCCUAUAAUUAAUUUCUA